AUGUUCGAAUCCGCACAAUCACCCGGCCGAACCGCUCAGCAUUCAACACCAUACGCCUUUGCAACACCAGUACGCACCGCUUCGACUUUGUCUCACCCGUACUCGCACGCCCUCACAUCCACCGACGCUUCGGCAAAAGCAGUGCGCUUCCAAAAUCAGCCUCUGCCACCGCAACCACUACAGUACCCACAGAACCCGUCACUCUCGUCCAUCGCUACGCCGAACAAAUCCGCUGUCACUAACACUGCAUCGACGUCUACACAGCCACAGCCGCCGCAGCCGCAGCCGCAGCCGCAGCCGCAGCAGAUGAACACGGCGGUUUCCACAAAUGCUGCUGCUGCUGCCUCUGCAAGCAGCGCCAACAAGAUGCUCGGCGGUCGACCGGCGGUUGUGAGUCGUGCUGGAGGCGAGUCGGCAGCUGUGCUUCAGAGAAGAAUCAAAUGGAAUCUCUCGGCGCUCGGAUUGUUGUGGAUCGUACCAACCCUAUCGACCCGACCCCGAGACGUAUACUGGGCGAUUCUGGACCAGAUCUACGUGUAUGUCGGAGGGGAUAUAGACGAGGUGAUCGAUGGCGUGGUCGGUUGGAUUCUGUGGGCAAUCAGCGUAGUGUUGCUCUUCAAUGUAGUGGAAGCGGGAAUUCUCGUACAACGCGCAUCUUGGGCGCGGCCACCGACAGAGACGAUCGAAGCCGCGCUCGCCUCUACCACGUCGAGCGCGAGUAAAGAGCAGAGCAAGAACCAAUCGCUCGUGCACGGUCUUGAUUCAGCGUCGGUAGCCAGGUCUAUCAACUUUGUCGCUGCAAGUCGGUUGAAAGGUUCACCCAAAACAAGGACGAGCAACAUCGGUGCGGGUUCGCCCAUCUCGCGAUGCUCACCAAAACCAUCGCCCAAGCGCGAUUGGUGCGACUCGCCCGGCUCAUCGAGUGUCGACUAUUCUCAGUUCUCACCUGCGCAUCGACGCACUUCGAGUGCACUCUCGUCGCACAGCUACAAUAGUGGAUUUGCACAAAGCAACAACCGGAUCGGUUCGCCAGGUACGCCGGGUACGCCAGGCACGCCGAUCUCCGAGUUCAACCCAGCUAUCGGAGCAGUCGCACCUGCAUCGUCGCCGUUGGCAGCGUUUAGGGCAAGACACAUUUCACGAGGCGCGUCCGGUUCGCAGUCGCAGUCGCCUUCGCGAGCACGCUCGAUCACGCCAGCGAUGAGCGCAGCCGGUAUCGACGAGACGAGCUUCGAUGCGAGUGCACAGUUGGACCAGGCGCAGGACGAGGCCACAUUCUUAGGUGACGAGAGCUUCGAAGUGGACCGAGCACUCAAGAGUCUUCGCGGCUCGUUCGGUGGGGUCAGUUCGACGCCUGCUGCCACAUUGCGUUGA